UUACAGACACACCUUUGAUAGAUUUGGCAGGCUUUAUUUUAAUCUGCAUUCCAUAUAUUAUUCUACAGGCAGAGAGGAAAAAAGCCCUCACAAUCAAAAUCAAAGAAAUUGCCCAUUCCUGUAGUGGAUCUCUAUCACUUAUUAAAGGCAGCUCAGCUGGGUUUGUGAAGGCAUUCUGGGAUCUGAUUUUGAAGACUUCUAUCUAUAUCCAUAUCUGUAUCUAUAGAUACAUACUUAUAAUUUGUAGUCAAUGGAAUACUGCUGUCAGUACACCUAUGUAUAUGCCCACAAUCCAAAUGUAUCUCCACAUGCUUAUUUUAUAUGCAUUAAGUAGUUGAACAGAAAUAACCCCAGUCAUAAAAUUAAGCAAAUACCUAAAGACUGGACCUCAGUGUUCUGACUGGGAGGAGAUAAAGGAGAAUGAGAGUGAACUUAUUGAUGACAGAUGCUAGUUUCACUGCUUAAUGCCCUAUUGGGAUGCUCUUAGUGACUACUGUCGUCAAUGCAGUGUAAGAACUUAAAUAGAAGGGAAAAGGAGGGCAGAAUUCAUUAGACAGUCUAGAAAUCACAUGGUUUCUGUUUUAAAACAUUACUGCAUGUUGCUUGAUGCUAACAGGAAGAGUUCUAAUUUGUGUGUGCUUUUUCUUUCCUAAUAUCAAAAGCUAAUCAUUUGGACUGAAACAAUCCCCUGCAACUCAUUUGUUGUAGCAAUUUGGCAGAGGAUGGCAGCCAGUGACUAGUAACAGUGAGAAAACUGAUCUAUUUCCAUGGUCUUAGGUGAAUGCAUGCCAUAAAUACAAGAGAGGAAACAGGGAGGAAACUGGGGACAAAUACUCCCAGUCUCAGUAAUCAAAGCUGCCAUUACUAAAUAAAUGUUUUAAGUAAAUGGGAACAAUGAGACUUGAUGAAAACAGAGGUAGAUGGUUGGAUGGUAUUUUUUAGUGGGAUAUUGCCACAUUUAAAUGGAAGGCAGAGAGGAUCUCUUUUACUGGUUUAAGUCCAAUAUUUACAUUCAGACUAGUAUAUGCCAUUGUGUAGUAAAUGACAGAACACCUCCAAUGACAUUAAAGAUUCCAGUGUUGUAGCUACAUACUUGAAUUCUAUCUAUAUCCAGGCUUCUUCUGCACUUCAUUCACAAAACUUUUACUAGUUGACUUAUUAUUCCAUCAGGUAUUUUUUACUCUAGUGGUGAGAUACGGACUUUUCAGAACUGGAAUGACUGCAUACCUUUUAAAACAGACGUAUGCUCACAGGUAUACAACUCAUAUUUUCUAUAAUAAACGUACUAUAUGAAACAAGGUGAACUCUAUGGUGAGCUACAGUACAGACAUAAUAAUCAUACUUACCAAGUGAAUUUUAUCAAAUUUGUUUUUAAAUAUGUCUUCCACAAUAUGUGUAAAUGUCUCUGAGUGACCUCUGAUGUGACCUUAUUUGUCACUGGCUUUUUAUCUGUCUUUGGUCUGGUAUUUCUAUUCUUAACAGUCAUGGGUUGCCAUCACUGGGAAUAGUAAUCCGUACCUCCUACGACUUAUUUAUGUCGAGGAAAGAACUUUACUGUCAAGAUUAUUUCUGAGGUACCAAUGCAAGGCAGAAUUUUGUCUUAUUUUGUUCUAAGGAAACAAACAGCAGCCCCUCUGACCUUCAAUUUUUUAAUUGUUCCAUUUUAAAUCUCCUCCAUUUAUAUUAUCCCUACCAGGCAGCCCAUUUCUGAAUACAUAUUGGAGGAGUUAUUUAUGACACCGUUUUUAUCUCUUGCAGCUUUAUAAACUCCUAAAGUGAGAGAGGGAGGAACCCUGGUCACAUUACUGGUUAUAAUACUUGGAAAAGAUAGCCAUAAUUAGUUGUCCCAGGGACUGACUCUGCUUUCUGCCACACUCUUCAGCAAAUGGUGGAAGCCCAUUGUGCCAGUGAUGUCUCACGCACUCAGGAAAAGAUUACCAAAACUAGGUACAUAAGCAGAUACUGAACUCACAAAGACUGAUUUGGAAACAGAAACGAGGGGACUGAGAGGAGGAUUCACAGGCACAUCAGAGCCUCCCCAAGAGGGAUGGUGACAGGGAACAAGACUUUGCAGAUGGAAAAAAUAAAGGCACGACUGAAAGCAGAAUUUGAAGCCCUGGAGUCUGAGGAGAGGCACCUGAAAGAAUACAAACAGGAAAUGGACCUGCUGCUGCAAGAGAAGAUGGCCCAUGUGGAGGAGCUGCGACUGAUCCAUGCUGAUAUUAAUGUGAUGGAGAAUACUAUCAAGCAGUCUGAGAACGAUCUCAACAAGCUCUUGGAAUCUACUCGUCGCUUGCAUGAGGAGUACAAACCCCUGAAGGAGCAUGUAGAUGCUUUGCGGAUGACUCUGGGAUUGCAGAGGCUGCCAGAUCUAUGUGAGGAGGAAGAGAAACUGUCCCUUGACUACUUUGAAAAGCAGAAAGCAGAAUGGCAGACAGAACCACAGGAGCCUCCCAUCCCAGAGUCUCUGGCUGCAGCUGCAGCGGCUGCCCAACAGCUGCAAGUGGCUAGGAAACAAGAUACCAGACAGACAGCAACUUUCAGACAACAGCCACCUCCAAUGAAGGCAUGUUUAUCGUGUCACCAACAAAUUCAUCGAAAUGCGCCCAUAUGCCCACUCUGCAAAGCAAAGAGCCGAUCUCGGAAUCCCAAAAAGCCCAAGAGGAAACAGGACGAAUGAAACCCAGAAGAAUGACAAGCAAACAUGUGACCUGUUCCAGUAUUCUUCCAGUAGAACUGCAAAUGUGGCCAGACUUUACUGAAGUGCAGACUCAAGUAUGACCGACCCAUUGUUUUCUAUUUAAUGCAAUGUAAGCACAAUGUUCCUGUUCUGUCUUAAUUUCCUUCCAGUCCUUAGGAUUUGGUUUUAGGAAAGUAAGUAUUACUGGUGCUACAGUUUAACAUUUCAAUCAUUCCAUCUUUUGGACUCAUGAACAAAGUAGACUUCUUAGGCACGUAUCCUAAAUGCCAGGCUAUUCCUAUUGGCCAAAUGCGAUUACCACAAAUGCUUUUAUGUUGUCUUUUUAAAAACAGAUGUUACUAAAAGAUUAUUCUGUUUUCUCCUGAUAACAGGAGACUAUUUGAAGUGCUGAAAUAGCAGACUGUCUGUUUCACUAAAGAACAAUUUGUUUACCAAGCUAGUAAGACUGCAUAGGUUUGGGUAUCCAGUAGAGCUCUUUUUAUACAGGAAAUGUUCAGGGGAAAAAAAGAAAUCGGUUUUACAGGAAAUCAGUGCAUUAAGGACACACGUGAGAUUUGAUUUACUGGAGUUUGAUUGUACCAUUCCCUCAAACUUGACUUAAAAUUUGGAAGGGGGAAUCAAGUUGCUGGCUGUGUAUGAAUUUCUAAAAUGAUCUAAUUUGUAAUGCUUUAAUGUCUUAAUAUGGUAUUAUUUUCAGCAGUCAGAAGACUGAUUGACUGAAGUACAAGGCUCAAAUGAACUGUAUUAGUGGUCCGCCUAGGCUCUAUGGCCAACCAGCUCACUGUGGUUCUCUAGGAAACAUGCAUGAAAUAUCUCAAAUCUCUAUGUGCACAGACUGCAACAUCAGCCAUUCUGCACAUCUUCUAUUCCUGGUUUCUACAGCCAAAAUCUCCCUUGGCAGACAUACCCUCCACUGGAGCACAGGGAAGUUCUCUAACAUGCACCAGGAACAGUGUCAACUAAAAAUGAUGUAUUUCACCACAACUGCCUGGCUUUGGUGUCAUCGUCCUCCCUCAACCAAAACUUCCUAUUUUUGUAUCUUUUAAUAGGGCAUUGUCAAGUAAGCUUUAUUUCAGCCCAGUUUUUUCUUCUUGCUCUCUACGUGUGCCAAAAAUACCCUGACUAAAGGAUCCUUCAGACCACUCCCUGUAUCCGUGUCUUCCCUUUGUUUCACCUCGUGUAACAACAGUUCCUCCAAUGGGGACAAUGGCAGUGACCCAACUACAGAACCAGGGCUUAAAAUUUACUGAUUUCUAAUCCCAGUUUUUUUACUGCCCUUGUUGAUUAAAUUGAUCUCAAGUAUUAAAUAUUCUUUUCACUAACUUCAGGAGGCAGGGACUGCUGGUUUACGUUCUUCUCUCUGUAGCCCAGGUUUUCCUCUACUAUUAUGUUAGAGUGGUUAUACGGAGAACUUUGCUAAAUACUGGGGACUGUAGAAAUCCACAUAAACCAAUUUUGCUGGCCAAGUCACGUAUGCUGCCAUUAAUUUCCCAGCUCCGCCACAAAGUACGUAUGUUAUUGAAUAUAGUCUUGUAAUUUAUGCCAAGUUCAGUUGGUAUUCUCCCAUUUUAAUGUUUCAUAGCCAAAUAAACAUCUGUCAACAGCAGAGACAGAAUGUGGACCAUGUGCUCCUGAAAAUAUGUGAAGAGCGGAUUCUGCUACCUGAAUUACUGGCAUUCAGUCUCUGUGAGACAGCAAUAAUGGAGUAUAGUCUGACCCCAUGCUCCAAAUGGCAGCAGUGUGCUAAGUCUAUCGUUACGCAUGUUUCCUAACACAAAUACUGGAUUCUACUUUUAAACGUCAAGAGUGGCCACAUGCUGCGUGCCCUGUUCAGAGCAAUUCCUAUUGGGUUUAAGGGAAAAUGCACACAGAGUUAUAGGACAGUAUAUGACCUCCCCCAAAGUGCACGCAUAAGAGCAGCAUACUUUGACAGCUGUACAUAAAUUUAAGAAGUAGUGACAAUGGAGAAUGGGCAAAUGGUCUGCAAUGAAGUAGUGCGAAUAGAAGGAUAGAUUUGUAGAAACUUUGACUUACGGUUCUGAAAUAGAUAGGGUUAGUCGUAGCUGCUCUCACUUCACUUACUUUGCCAGGUUCAUUCUUUCUUGGGAGAUCUCUAGAGCUCUAAACUGAAGUAUGCUUAAGGAAAACUGUUUACUAAUUUAGUAUGGCAGUUUCGUAUUCUUACUUUUAUAAACUAGUCUCUUGUGCCGUGUUUAACAAGGUUUUUUUAAAAAAAGAAAAAAAUGUGAAUAUGGCAUACUGUGUUUGUAUCAAUAAUGUACUAGUGUUUACAAAUCUGUUUUCACAAGUUCUGCCAUAUGAAUAGCAUGCAUUGCUGAGAACGAUUCUAACUGAGUAUGAGUCAACAGUAUACCCUGGCAGCCAAAAGGGCCAACUGUGUCCUGGAGCGCAUCGAGCACGGCAUAGCUAGCCAGUUGAGGGAGAUGAUUGUCCCACUCCACACUGCACUGGUGCAGCCUCAAGUACUGUGUGCAAUUUUGGACGCCUCAGUGAAAGAAGGACAUCUGACUAUUAGAAUGUGUCCAGAGGAGGGUGACCAAGAAGGUAAAAGGCCUCAAGGACAAGAUUUACGAGGAGCAGCUGAGGUCACUUGGUUUGUUCAGCUUGGAGAAGAGAAGGCUGAGGGGGGACCUCAACGCAGUCUACAGCUUCCUCAAGGGGGGGCAGCGGAGGGGGAGGUGCUGAUCUCCUCUCUCUGGUGACCAGCAACAGGACACAAGGAAAUGGAAUGAAGCUGCGUCAGGGGAAGUUCAGAUUGGACAUUAGGAAAAGAUUCUUCACCGAGAGGGUGGUCGAUCACUGGAACAGGGUCCCCAGGGAAGUGGUCACGGCACCAAGCCUGUCAGAGUUCAAGGAGCAUCUGGAUGAUGCUCUUAGUCAUAUGGUUUAGUGAGGUAGUCCUGCGAGGAGCAGGGAGUUGGACCUGAUGAUCCUUAUGGGUCCCUUCCAACUCGAGAUAGUCUAUGACUCUAUUUCAAGGAGACAAAAUCUGUAUUAUGCAUUAAGGGAUCCUGGGGGUGGGGGGAGGGAGGGAAGCAGUAUCUUUCAUAGGGAACCAGUAUUCUCCUUUUCUCUCUCAGAUUAAUUAAGGAAGUUUAACCGAAGAGCUCUUCUUGUGACAGCCCCAGGCCCUUUUCUCCCAGGCACCUUUCUCAAGAGACUAGAGGGAUAAUUAUGAAAUAUUGAUUUACUGUUUUUUUAGGCAGAGGAGGAAGCUGUGUGAAGUACAGUUCUUACCACAAGUCUACUGCAUUUUUGUUCCAUGGAGCAACAAUGGCCUCCUCCUUUGUACCUAAGGUUCUUUGAGGAUACUUCUUCACUUGGCUUAAAUGCAUUCUUAUUUGGGUUAAAUUCUCUUAAUAGCCACAAAGAGAGGCUUCUCAAAGCUUUCAAGACUUUUAUAUUACUAAAGUCUUGUUCACCCCGGCUUUGUCAUUCGCUUUUCAAUGGGCAUUCAAGAGACAACAAAAUCACUGGAUUCUUUUGUUAUAGAUGGUUUCCAGGGUCUUUUCCUGGUUCCCCACUCUCCUCAAAGGACAGUUCUGUUGUUCUGCAACCAAAUGGAAAAAAAAAAAAACAAAAAAACCACAAGCCUCUCACCCUGUCCCCCACCUUAAGGUCAUGCUAAAAGGAUGUGAACACUCUAUUGUGUCUAAAGCCUUUGCUGUAGAAAUUUUCAUACCCAAGCUGGGGUAGGUCAGUUGUUCAAACUUCAGUGCCAAGGACCCCAUUAAUUAUAGAGAAAAUGUAAGCCAAAUUUUAAUACUUGCACUUCCUGAAUUCAAUUUCAGCUUUCUAAACAGGACACUGACUGAACCUGCCAGUGGCUUCAAGUUACAGAAUCUAAUUUUGAAAGAAUAGCCAUUGAUGUGUUACUCUAAAUAGCAGACUGUUCAAGAAAUUAAGACUUUACUAGCACUUUAAAUAAAUAAAAGUGCUUUCCUUUAUUUUACAGUUUUCUAAUUCCUCCGACUUCAUUUUAGCAUUUAGGUAUUUUAGCAAUAUCUGGCGUUUUCACUGGCUUCUGUGUUUUAAAUAUUUUACUCCUGUGCCCAGUAGGAGUAAGAGUGUGCUACCUGUUUAAUUUGUCUGUACAGUCCUUUUUAAUAAAUGUUUGUUUCAUGUCA